GUGAGAAAUCCCCCCCAAAAUAAUUUAAAACACAAAAUAGAAGGGUUUUAUAGGUAACCUGAAAUCUCUCUCAUUUCUCCCUUCAAAAAAGAAAUCCCUCUCAUCUCUUACCAGCUCCAAUCUUGCAAGCACUAGAUAAUCAAAAUCGUUGGCGAUUCCCAGAAAUCGAUUGGAAAAAUGGCAAACCCUAUUGUUCAACAGAUUUUGGAGAAGCAAGUUUUAAAUGUAGCAAAAGCAAUGGAGGAGAAAAUCGACGACGAAAUCGCAGCCCUAGAUCGUCUCGAUACCGACGAUAUCGAAGUGUUGCGUGAAAGGAGACUUCAACAGAUGAAAAGAAUGGCGGAAAAACGUAGUCAUUGGAUCUCUCUUGGACAUGGCGAUUACUCUGAGAUUCCCUCGGAAAAAGAGUUUUUCUCCAUUGUUAAAGCUAGUGAGCGCGUUGUUUGCCAUUUCUAUCGCGAGAAUUGGCCUUGUAAGGUAAUGGACAAACACUUGAGCAUUUUGGCAAAGCAGCAUAUAGAGACACGCUUUGUGAAAAUUCAUGCCGAGAAAAGUCCAUUCUUGGCUGAAAAGCUCAAAAUUGUUGUCCUUCCAACUCUUGCUGUUAUAAAGAAUGCCAAAGUUGAAAAUUAUUUGGUUGGUUUUGAUGAACUUGGCGGCCAAGACGAUUUUAGCACAGAGGAACUGGAGGAGAGAUUGGGUAAAUAUCAGGUUAUCAACUUUGAUGGUGAAUCAUCAGUAAGAUCUUCCCAAACUCAGGGAAGUACCAGAAGUGUGAGGCAAAGUGAAGUCGCUGAUUCAUCAGAUUCAGAUUAGAUUUUUCUGAAUAGCAAGUCCUUUGGAAUCCAAUUAGGUCUCAUUGGAAGCCAAUCAGGUUACCUGGUCUGUCACCUUGAUAAUGUGACCAUUUGUGUUUGAUAGUGAAUUCAAGGAAGUAGGGGGGGAGCAAGGAGAGGGACGCCGACUGUCCCAAAAGCAGAGAAAUGAGGGGAAGAAGAAAGAGAGAAUGGCGCAGUUGUCUUUCUUUCCCUCUUUAUGUUUACAAGAGUAAUUGUUUCGGCUUGUAAUAUGAUGAAAUGAAGUUUACACACUUCUAUUAUAUAUUGCAUUUUAUUUACUAGGAAAA